GUCCUUCUACCGUGCAAACAGCCAUUAAAAUGAAGGUUAUUGUUACCUUUUUGAUUGCCGCCCUGGCUGUUGCCGCUCAGGGAUCCUAUGUACCAACUUCUUAUUGGCCAUCGCAUGGAUGGAACUCCUGGAAUAACAACGGUUGGAUUGACCACCAAGUGGCUGCCUACCCGUACGCCAAAACAUGGGCCUCAUCUUGGCCAGCUACUGGUUUGUACAACAACGGAUGGAAUGGAUAUUAUGGUGCAUUCAAUAAAGUCAACUCCUGGGCUCAACCAUGGGGAACUUAUGGAACAGGAUGGGGAUAUAAUAACCUGGCUAAAACAGUUGUUCCGUCAGUGAAGGUCAACUCGUGGGGUCUACCAUGGGGAAGUUAUGGAGCUGGUGCUUACGGCUGGGAACACCCGGAAGUGGUUAAAACUGUUGUGCCAGAGUCUAAAAAGGUGGUCUACGCUGCUCCAGCUCAUGUUGGUGUGGAGAAGGUUCUUGUGCACCCGAAAUGGUAGUUCAAAAUUAGUGGUUCAAAUACGUUUCUGAUGAAAAAAUAGAUCAAACUUGAUUAAAACUAUUACUUAAAAAACACUGAUUUUGUUUGAGUCUCCUGAGAAGCCUUAUUUUGGA